AUGCGACGAGUUGUCGUGACAGGGCUCGGCGCCAUCUCGCCCUUCGGUGUCGGCGUGCGCAACACGUGGAAUCGGCUGCUGGCUGGAGAGUCCGCCAUCACCAGCGUCGCCGACUUUGAGCCACAGAAGCAUUGGAAGGAUCUCACAAGCACGGUUGCUGGUGUAGUCCCCAGCCAUGGCACAGGUCCAGAACAGUGGCGACCGUCCGACUGGCUCAACGCCACGGAACAACGUCGCAUGUCCAAGUUUGCCCAAUAUGCCGUGGCCUGUGCGGACAUGGCCAUGAAGGAUGCCGCAUGGAAGCCGGAAAGCCAAGACGACCUGGAAGCAACGGGAGUUUGUCUGGGCAGUGGUAUCGGCAAUCUGGAAGAGAUUUACGAGACGAGCUUGGCAUUCAACCAACAAGGCUACAAGAAGGUUUCGCCGCUGUUCGUCCCCAAAAUUCUCAUCAACCUGGCCGCUGGCCAUGUCUCCAUGAAGUACGGCCUGCAAGGCCCCAACCAUGCCGUCACAACCGCCUGCACAACCGGCGCGCAUUCCAUAGGCGACGCGAUGCGAUUCAUUGCUUUUGGCGAUGCCGACGUCAUGGUUGCUGGCGGAACAGAGUCCUGCAUCCAUCCCUUGACAUUUGCGGGUUUCGGGAGGGCAAGGUCCCUCUCCACGGCCUAUAACCACAACCCCCACGCCAGCUGUCGUCCCUUCGACCGCGACCGCAAUGGUUUCGUCGUCUCGGAGGGUGCGGCAGUCCUGGUCCUGGAGGAACUCGAGCACGCCAGGGCCCGGGGUGCGCACAUCUACGCGGAGGUCAGGGGCUACGGCUGCAGCGGCGACGCAAAUCACAUGACGGCUCCGCGAGACGACGGCCACGGCGCUUUCCGCGCCAUGAAGGCUGCCCUGAAGAACGCGAGAAUCCCACCGGCCGAUGUGAGCUACGUUAAUGCCCAUGCUACGGCGACACAGGUGGGCGAUGUGGCAGAAGCUUCCGCAAUUCGAAGCAUCAUGACGGGUGAGGAAGGCCACGCGGACGAGUCGCAGAUAACCGUGAGCAGCACCAAGGGCGCAGUUGGGCAUCUACUGGGGGCGGCUGGCGCGAUCGAAGCCAUGUUUGCCGUGCUAUCAGUGGCUGAGGACAUCGUGCCGCCUACUCUGAAUCUCGAAAACCCAGAUGUCGGGGGAUCCAUGAAUCUGGUACCCCUCCAAGCACAAGCGAAACAGGUUAACGUUGCCAUGUCCAAUAGCUUUGGGUUCGGCGGCACGAAUGCCUCGUUGGUUUUUUCCAAAAGCUGCCGUUAUCAAGCCCGGCUCCUAGCCCGGAGUCUUCGAGCCACAGCAGAACUUUCAAGUGCAUCUUCGACCCGGAACACCCUCGCCCGCCGUGCGAUAGCCUCUUCUGCCCCGGCAACCCAGACUACGAGUGCGACAGCGGCGAGCGGAACGAGAUAUUUCAGCCAAUCUGUGCCCAGGAAAGAUGUCAAAGGCACGAGCUUCAAGCAGGCGAUCCGCGCGGGCAUGCUCGCCGCGGCACCCAAGACGAUGGCGGCUUCCUUAACGACGAACCGUCUCGAGGCUCUGUACGGGGUCUGCGCCAAGCCUGCCCUGUACAAGAUUUCCGAGCAAGACCGCCACAACGAGACGGUGAGGAUGACGGAGGACGGCGAGGAAGUCGGCGAGGCUCAGGGUCCCUGGCUCGAAGCCCUCGACCUCCAGCCUUCAUUCUCCUCCUGGUCCCAGACCACGAUGCUGCACAUGUACAUCGUCCUAGCCCGCCUCCGCUGCCUCGACCGCGAUGCAGCCCAGGCCCUGCAGCACCAGUUCAUCGACCAGUUCUUCUUCGACUGCGAGCGCAUGAUGCACCUCAACCACGGCAUGACGUCGUCCGCGCUGCGCCAGCGCUACCUCAAGGAGAUAUUCGUGCAGUGGCGCGGCCUCAUCGCCGCCUACGACGAGGGCAUCGUCAAGGACGACCGCGUCCUCGGCGCCGCCGUCUGGCGCAACCUGUUCAAGUCCCGCGAGGACGCCGACAUGCGCCAGGUCGCCGCCGUUGUCGCGUGGAUCCGCGCCAGCCUGCGCGACCUUGAGGCCGGCGCCGUGGAGGACCUGCUGGUGGACCCGCGGAUGGUGUUCAGACGGGACCUGAAGGACAUGUUCAAGCUCGUGGACGCGUUUGCGCCGGAGCUGAAGGGGGAGUUUGAGACGCUGGGCGCGAAGGGAGAGGAGCUGCCGCCGCCUGAGCCGGUUGCGGAGAGGCAGGGCGCUGUGUACGAGGAGGUUGAGUCAUUAAAGGAGGCUGCUGCCAAGGUUUUGUAA